AUUUCGUAUAAUACAAGGGGGUUUUGUAUAUUUUACCCCAAAGAAGGAUUGACAAAGGAAUUUAUAUGCUUUGUCCCUCAAUAGAUUUCAGAUUUCAUUUCCGCCCCCAACUUAGGGUUUUCUGCCCCUCUUCUCUAUCCCAUCCUCUGUUUUCAGAAAUCUCUGCGGUGCAAUCUAGUGUUUCCAAUUCACUAGUUGCAGAGAUUUCAACAUCCCCAUAUCAAAACAUGACGACCGUUGUCCCCACAUCGGAGGAAGAUCCAGCGCUCUCUGUAGUUCGGUUCACCGCCGAGUUGUCAUGGGCCGAUGCCGGUGCUGAGGUUGCAGAGGGACAGGUAAAGAGAUUGUGCGUGGAGGCGCAGGAAUGUAUGAUUCAGAACAGGUGGUUGGAUUUGGCUUCUUUGAUGAUUACUUCUGCCGAUGUAAUUUUCUCUAAAGCCUCUGAGAAAGAUCUUGAAUGUGUUUACACUGUGAUCUGCAACCUUGUUAACAAGCCUGAGAGCCUCGAUCAAGUGCAUGAGAUGGCAGAGCUUAUAGCCACAAAGGUCACUCAACAGCCUAAUGACAAACCUGCACUGCGCUUAAAGAUCUUGUUUAACCUCUACAACCUAUUGGACAACCCAUACAGCCAGUUUUUUGUGUAUAUGAAGGCCCUCAACUUGGCCACUUAUGGAAAGGUCAUUGAGCACAUCAUACCAUCUUUUAGAAAGAUAGAUAACUUUAUGAGGGAGUGGAAUCUUGGUGUUAAGGAUCGGAGGGAUCUCUUUCUUGCAGUUUCCAAUAUUUUGAAGGAUAGCAAGAGCUCGAGUCUCAGCUCAGCAAAGGAGUCCUUUGACUUUCUUGUCAAGUAUCUGGAGACUUUUUCGAGUGAUGAUGUUUUGUCUGUGGCUGAAGCAAAAGAAGAAGCCGUUCGAGCUGUUACUGAGUUUGUGAAGUCACCUGACAUGUUUCAAUGUGACUUACUAGAUAUGCCAGCUGUAGUGCAAUUGGAGAAAGAUGCAGAAUAUGCUCCCAUUUAUCAACUUCUGAAAAUCUUUCUUACUAAGAGGCUUGACGCCUAUUUGGAUUUCUAUUCAUCAAAUUCUAGCAUAUUGGGCAGUUAUGGUCUUGUGCAUGAAGACUUGGUUUCUAAAAUGAGAUUGGUAUCCCUGGUGGAUCUUGGAAAAAAUGAAUCAGGUCAAAUUCCUUACUCCUUGAUUAAGGAAACUAUCCAGAUUGAAGAUGAUGAAGUGGAGCCAUGGAUUGUCAAGGCAAUAUCGGCUAAGUUAAUAGACUGCAGAAUUGAUCAAAUCAACCAUGUAGUCGUUGUGUGCCGCUACACAGAGCGUGCAUUCGGGCUUCAUGAAUGGCAAUUCCUUCGAUCAAAGCUUGCGGCAUGGAGGGGAAACAUUGCAAAUGUAAUUAGUACCAUUCAAGCGAACAAGAUAACUGAAGACAGCACCCAAGCAGUGCAGGGGUUGACCGUCCGUUAAACCAUUCUCAUUAGCUUACCUGCAGGUUCUGGCUAUUAGUAUUAUCUUUGGCCACAGAGUUGCUUGUGUGCUGAGAUUAGGUCCCAAUUUGUUAUUUUGUGGCGAAAUCCUAACAUCAUUUUCUGGCUAGAGUAUUUGUUCGGAGCUACAUGACCUGUUUUGACAUUUCCAUCCUUCAAUUACCUGAAUGUAUCAUUUAUUUUUAGAUAGGGAGUAUCGGUUUGCAUUUGAUUUCUAGUUUGACUUGAAAUGGUGUUGAUGUGCCUCACCGUGGUUGUAUGAAGGAACAGAUUCUAUGGAAAAUGGGAAAUGUCGAAGUAAAAGCUGAAUUGUAUUGCACACGGACAGCGAUAAUAUGGAAUACAAUCCAUUUUGAAUAUCAUUUAUAUGCGAAAAUGGAUAUAAUUAUUAUUUUUAUAUGGAGAUGGAUAAUAUACCGG